AUGCGAAGUUCGCCCAUGACUGUGUAUUUUGCUUUAAUGCUUCUUGAAGUGGCCUACGCGCCCCAGGGUCGUUACGCCCAGAAACUACUGAACGACCUGAUGGAGAACUAUUCCAAUGCGCUGCGGCCCGUGGAGGACACGGACAAAGCCCUCAACGUUACCUUGCAGAUCACUCUCUCUCAGAUAAAAGAUAUGGAUGAGAGGAAUCAGGUUUUGAUAGCAUACCUGUGGAUAAGGCAAACAUGGCGUGAUGCCUACUUGCAGUGGGAUAAAGAGGAAUAUGAUGGGCUGGAGGUCAUACGAAUCCCCAGCAGUCUUGUCUGGAGACCUGACAUUGUCCUCUAUAACAAGGCAGAUGAUGACUUCUCAGGGCCAGUGGAUACUAAUGUUGUUCUGCGUUAUACUGGGGAGAUCACUUGGGAUGCUCCAGCGAUCACUAAGAGCUCCUGUGUGGUGGAUGUCUCCUAUUUCCCCUUCGAUAGUCAGCAAUGCAACCUCACCUUCGGAUCCUGGACCUACAAUGGCAAUCAGGUGGAUAUCACUAUGCCGAUGGACAGUGGGGACCUGUCAGACUUUGUGGAGAAUGUGGAAUGGGAAUGUCACGGAAUGCCGGCGACUAAAAACGUGAUCAUGUAUGGUUGCUGUUCCGAUCCGUACCCGGACAUCACCUACACGGUUCUGCUUCAGCGGCGUUCCUCUUUCUACAUCUUUAAUCUGCUGUUACCCUGUUUCCUCAUCUCAUUUCUGGCCCCGCUAGGCUUCUAUCUGCCUGCUGACUCUGGGGAGAAAGUGUCUCUGGGGGUCACAGUGCUUCUGGCUCUCACUGUGUUCCAGCUCAUGGUUGCUGAGAGCAUGCCGCCCUCGGAGAGUGUCCCGCUCAUUGGGAAGUACUACAUUGCGACAAUGACAAUGAUUACUGCAUCAACCGCUCUUACCAUCUUCAUCAUGAACAUCCAUUUUUGUGGUGCUGAAGCCAAACCUGUCCCACACUGGGCCAAAGUUCUAAUAAUCGAUUACAUGUCCAAAAUCUUCUUUGUCUAUGAGGUAGGAGAGAACUGUGCUUCUCCAGUAGGACAAACUCAAGAGUCAGACCACCGGAACCAAAAUUACCUCCAGAGUAAGCUCCCCCGAAACCAGAACCUGCAGCACCCGAGUCGGAGCCGGCAACCUCAGCUCAAUGGCAAACUGAAAGGACCCAUGGGCCAGGAGAACCAGCAGGGUUCAUGUUACCAGCAAACGCUGACACGUCUUCCCCAGCCUCAGGCUGCUGUUCCUGGGGAGCAGAAGCAACAAGCUUCCUGUCUCUCCCAGACCUCCAAAAGUUUUGAAGGCUGUGAGUCAACCUGCCUGAGGGGGGCGCCACUGCCCUGCUGCCCGGAGGAAAAAACACCAAACAUCCCUGUUGCUUCUGUCCUGAACUUUGACCCCUGUGUGUUUUGUGGUCACUGUUGCAAUGGGACAGUCAUUGGAGGCAACUCUAAACUGGCGAGGAAUGUGGAGUACAUCGCUAACUGUUUCCGGGAGCAGCGUGCAACCUGUGCUAAGGUAGCAGAGUGGAAAAAGGUUGCCAAGGUGAUGGACAGGUUCUUCAUGUGGAUCUUUUUCAUCAUGGUCUUCCUCAUGAGCAUCCUUAUCAUGGGCAAGGCUCCAUGA